GAAGAGUGGGGUGAAAGGUCACUAGUGACGUCGCUACUACGAAAGUGUCGUGGAGCCGAAUCUUCCUCGGUUUAUCGGCUAGCAGACAAUGGCUAAACAUCAUCCGGAUUUGAUUUUUUGCAGAAAGCAAGCUGGUGUCGCCAUCGGGAGACUUUGUGAAAAAUGUGAUGGCAAGUGUGUUAUCUGUGACUCUUACGUCAGGCCUUGCACACUCGUACGCAUAUGUGAUGAAUGUAACUACGGAUCGUAUCAAGGACGCUGUGUGAUAUGUGGCGGUCCAGGGGUUUCAGAUGCUUACUACUGCAAGGAAUGCACCAUUCAGGAGAAAGAUCGAGACGGCUGUCCUAAGAUUGUGAACCUCGGCAGCUCCAAGACUGACCUCUUUUAUGAAAGAAAAAAAUAUGGCUUCAAAAAGAGGUGAAGAUGACGGAAUAUGGAAGAUGACCUUUUACAUGUUUUCAUUAACUUCCCUUUUUUAAGUGUUGCUUUUUUUCAAUGUAAUAAAAAACUGUUAGUAUGCUGGCACAGUG